AUGGCAGAAGAUCCGAUCCCGAUCGACGAGCUCGCGUCGAGUCCGGCGCAGAACCCUUUUUUCUCAAAUUUCGACCUCGACCCUCUUGGCGGCGUCUGGCCGGGCGAGCCUCACAAAUUGGCACCGCCGGAUUGGACGACGGCUCUUCCUCGCCGCCCUGGCGGGCGUAUGCUGCUCAGGUCGAUCUUGCCAUUCCGAUCAGCAUACGGCCUCUAUACACGCAGUCCCACACAUUCUUCACAAGCUCCCAUUGGCGUCCUUUUGCGCCCGACUGCCAGAUUCGCCAUGUCCACCUCGGCCCCUGGCUCACCGGAGCUUCCGCCAGCCAAGCGCAUGCGAUCGCGCUCGCCCGAGCAAACGACGUCGGAGCAGGCCGCCUCGACAUCUGCCGCCGCAUCUAUGUCGGCCAACGCAUCCACCGCCCAAGAGAAGCAGGCGCGCAAGGCUGAUGCACGCCGAUCGCGCCAAAAGCGCAAGGACUACGCCAAGCAGCUCACCAAGACGGGCCGCGAGCCGAUCGAGUUCGACAUCGAGAAUCUGCUCGGCGUGCGCAAGGUGACCGACAUCCUCUCGGAGGGCGCAGAGUAUCAGAACAAGUUCGAGCGCGGAACCCGCCUGACGCUCCGGAUCGAGUGCCUCGACGCUCACGGAGACGGUCUCGCCGUUGCGCCCGAACGCGACUGGGUGGUCGCCGUACCGCACGUGCUUCCCAAGGAGAAGGUGGUCGUCGAUAUCGUCAGCAACGAGAGGCUCUACUCCAAGGCGAAGCUGGUCGAGGUGCUCGAAAAGAGCGACACACGGCAAGACAGCCUGGUGCGCUGCAAGUACUUUGGCGACUGCGGCGGAUGCCAGUAUCAGAUGAUCGACUAUGCUCGGCAGCUCGAGAUCAAGCGUGGAGUGGUGGAGCGAGCCUUCUCGCGCUUCUCGGGCCUCGAGCCUGGGCUGGUGCCCGAGGUGUUGCCGACGAUCCCUUCCCCAAGCCAGUACAACUACCGCACCAAGCUCACACCGCACUUUGAGCUUCCGUACGAGCUCCGGAGGGGCAGGAGAUCUGGCAUCCGGAACAACAAUGCCAACGGAAACGGUGCCUCGAAUGGCGACAAGCCCCAGUACGACGUUCCGAUCGGAUUCGAUUGCAUCGGCACCAAGAGGGUGAUGGACAUCGAAGAGUGCCCGAUCGCAACCACGACCAUCAACCGCGCCCUUCCCGCCGCCAAGCAAAAGGUGCGCGACGGCAUCGAGAGCUUCAAGAACGGAGCCACCCUCUUGCUGCGCGACUCGCUUCGCACGUACGACAGCUUUGCCGAGGAUCUCCUCGCGACCGAAACCGCCGAGCUCGCGGUGGAGCGUGAACUGGACACCGAGGUGGUCACCGACCACAAGGCGACGGUCAAGGAGCGCGUGCUCACCACCAAGUUCGAGUCGCCCGCCGGCACGUUUUUUCAGAACAACCGCAGCAUCCUCCCGAGCCUGCUGGGCUACGUGCGGGAGCAGAUCCUCCAAGCGAGCCCCGACGGCACGAGCGAAUCGGAGCGCUACCUGGUGGAUGCGUACUGCGGCUCGGGUCUAUUCAGCCUGUGCCUUGCGUCGCUGUUCCGCGAGGUAUCGGGCGUGGAGAUCUCGUCCGAGUCGAUCAAGUACGCCACCAAGAACGCCGAGCUCAACGGCAUCACGAACGCCAAGUUCCUCGCGGGCAACGCCGAGGACAUCUUUGCCAAGAUCGAGUACCCUGCUCACCAGACCACGGUGAUCAUCGAUCCGCCCAGGAGGGGCUGCGACGAAGAGUUCGUCCGACAGCUCGUCAACCUAGGCCCCAAGCAUAUCGUCUACGUGUCGUGCAACGUGCACACGCAGGCGAGGGAUGUCGGACAGCUCGUCACCCGCGAUGCGCGCUACAAGGUCAAGAGCGUCCGCGGCGCCGACCUCUUCCCGCAGACGCAUCACGUCGAGGGUGUCUGCGUGCUGGAGCGCAUCGAUGCGUAG